GUCGCUUCUAUUCACACGUCUGUCCCCUCAGGCGACUGUCCCAUUGGCGACCCGUCGUGGAGGGCGGCGUCUGCGCGUUGUCGCGGAUGUUGGCUCAAAGUGUGUCUCCAGAAGUUUCGCAUCGAUUGUGACGUCAGACAAGAAGUUCAAAAGCAUUUCGCGCCCAAACUCAUGACUCGUCCGAACGUUGCGCUCCUCACAGUGGACACGGGCGCCAAUUCCUCCGCCAAAGUGGACGCCAUUCCGCGCGCCUCCCUCCUGAUGGUCGCGCAGUCGUCUUCGCACCGGUCGUCGUCGGGGCCGCGCGUGAAGCGCGUGUGUCGGUCUGCGGGCACGGCUUCGGGUCUUCCGCGCGCGACGUUUCCCUCGGAUUCCGAGACUUCCGGCGAUUCGGACGCACUUCCGGUUGACGUGUAUUUGUGCCGCGCGUUCGCCAAACAGUCGCCGGAAACGUGUCUUCACUCGCAUUGUCUCCAC